GUCAUCUAUGUCAAUAUGUGAUUAGCGCACUAGGUUUUAAUUUUUAUGUAAACCAUUUAAACUAAUUAAUUAGUUAAACCAUUAAGACAUGUUAAUUCAAAGGGUUCGACCCCUCUUUGGGGCUAUUUUAAAAUCUUCCUUUCAAGUGGAUUCUAAAUAUUUGUCACGCUCUAGCAUAGUAUACCAUAAAGCAGCAUAUGAGGGUGAUGGCAAGACAACAGUGCGUAUUAUCAAUCAGGAUCCCGAUCUCGGGCUCAUUAUAGACUCAUACGGCUCAUUUGGCUUUCGUCUCAACAAUGGUCUUACUGUACUGGGACCUAUGGCUAUAUUUCCAAGGACUGUCCUAUCUUGGCAAAUUCAUAGUUCAGACAACAUCACAGCCGAUUCACUCACAUUGUUCAGAUUGCUGGAACCUAAAGUGGAUCUUGUGAUAAUAGGACUUGAAACAAAAGAUCGUAAAGUGUUAAACUCAGUGUUCCGAGCAAGUCGUGAAGCAAAACUGAAUGUGGAGAUUUUAGCAACUGAACAUGCCUGUGCAACCUUUAACUUUCUUAAUGCGGAAAGCAGGUCAAUAGCAGGUGCUUUGAUCCCACCAUUGCACAUUGAAGUGAAUGAAGACGACAUGCUCAACAGCAAACUGCACUACGGGAACCUGUACAACCGUCGGGAUGACUUAUAGACAAAUUGUAUUUGUCCAUAAGUAAAUGUGGUCAUAUGUUUUGUAUGGUUUCACAUUUAUUUCCUGUUAUUUUCAUAAUAGAACCCUAAAGUCAAUGUAAAGUUAUAUGUUAUAUAUUCCCUCCGUCGCCGAUAGAUGGCGCCUUUUAAAAUAACGUUUACUAUUGUUUCCUAGCAUUCAAUAUGUUUUAGUUUUAUUUGUUAAGCUUUAGGUGAUUGUAUAAAAUUAAAAUGUAAAUAUAGUUUCCUGCAACUUA